AGUACAACAGCAUCUAAGGACUCGAGUCGAACUGUCAAACUCGUAAAAGACUUUAGUACUUCCAAACAGAUUAAAACAAAACACAUUGCAAGGAUGUGAAGUCUUAACAGACAUACUAAGAAGACUUAUCCGGGAGGAAUGAGGAGUUUUUAAGAACCCAAAAUUGUUUAUCCUAUUAUUGGGAUAAAAAUUUUGUUCGCAAAAUCCAUUAUUGGUGUUAAACAAGUUCCCCCCUUCCCGGAGGCUUAUUCAAAUUAUUGAGUUACAUGUCUUUCUAUGUUGACCUCAAGUACGUCGAUUUCCGCCCCCUUUGUCGGCGGGUAUUUCCCUGUCCCUGGGGACCGGUUGCCCAAAGCCACAAUUGUUUACGCCUAUCAUGUUUUAAAAUGUAUGGGGCCAAAGUUUGCGUUCUGCGAGUGGUCUGUUUAUUGUCCAGAAUUCUUUUUUAUCGUUCUGACCUUUGUUGGUCUUGGAGACACGUGCCUUGGAUAAUUCUGAUCUCUCUUGCGAGGCUGAAAUGUUAUGCAAAUCCUUCUUGAACCUUAGCAGCAUAAUCUUCAGCUAGAAGAUGUAAAAUCAAUCCAAUUUUGAUCGUUGUUAUUAAAGAUUACUUCAAUUGGCUUUUGGUGUCGCGUUGCGGUCUUUGGGUGUCAUCACAAUGUUCAGCUUGUUUUGAUACAUUGCCCCUGGGAGCGCUUGUUGUAUUUUUAUUCAUAAAUACGAUCUUGUCUUUGGUCUUGAUUUCAAUAGGAGCCAGGUGCUGCUUGAAUUUUUCACCCGAUUUCCGACUGAUAGGCGUGCGAAAAAUUUAUUGGCACGUGCCGGUAAUUUAGAAAAACGUUUUAUAUUCAAAAGAGGUUGGGCGUUGUAGUUAGUACACGCGACCAACGCUAAGAAGAACGUUCAAAAUGAGUUGGAACGUGAUCUCAAAUUCCAGUCUUCUGAGAGUGGAUUCGUUUAAGUACAAGAGUUUAAAUGGUGACUCUUUAUCAGGCCAAGAGAAUUUUGCUCCUGAGUUGUUGGAAUACAUGAACAAGAUUUUCACAAAUCUGGACGUCGGACAAACGGGGUAUAUAUCUCUUGAAGAUUUGGAUAGGCAUUGGAAAUCAAACGAGCAAGGCUAUGACACGUUCUUGAAAAAUCAGUAUGGCGUCUCAAGUGCCAAUGUCAUUUCUUCUUUGAAGCAGAUCAUCCCUCCCAAUGGCAUGUUCAACUUUAGGCGUUUCAUCAGAGGGAUGAAGAUGGCUGUGAGCCGAGCGAAAAACGAGCGCCUCAGGAAAUUGUCAAGUGGUACAACAUUGAAAGCAUGCGAACGCACCCAGUCGUUUGGGAAUCAGCCUACGAAUUUAGAGACCCUCAUACGUAAGGUAAAAUCUGAUAGCCAGUCGGUGCUAAGAUCCACAAGCCUUGCUGGCUACGCUGGAAGAAAGGUAUUGCAACCUACCAAUCGUCCUUUACGAGAAACCAGAAAGACUUUUUUCAGCCCUCUAAUUGAAGAUGAAGAUACGGUGAAUGAAUCGAAAGAGCUUACGAGUGUUUCAACAGAUACGUAUAGCGACUCAAAAGCUCGCAAGUCUUUAGCUUUAGACUCCUUCAUCAGCGCUAGUGAUACAGUGGACUACACCUCAAAGGCUUUGGACUGCACAGCUAAUGAUGGGAGUUUUCUUGCUGCUUAUUCCUAUCUCAAAACAAACCCAAGACAGAAGGAAAAUGUUACUAAAGACUUGAGGUCUAACGAAAUCUCAAAAAGAUUUGAAGACCCAAAAUACCAAGGGUUCAGGAAGACGAGCCUGGACAAGAUUGUUAGCCAGGUUAGUGAAAAGAUACGAAUGAUGCAGAAAUGUUUAGAUGCAGUCGAUAACACGCGAGAUUGGUACGUGAGGAAAAUAUCCACGUUGCAGCAGAACAGGAUGGAUCUACGUCGUUCGGUUUUUCUGGGGAAAACAGUGAGCGACACAGAAACAAAGGUGACAGAAAUGAAAGAUAGUUGGGAUUCGUUUAGGUACGAAGAUGUCAAAAGAUCUUUAGACACAAUUAGUUACUAUAACAAGCAUUUGCAAGGUGUCCAAGAAAAGAAGGGCAGCCAGUGCUCUUCCUCGCCGAGCAAAUCAACAACGACGUUGAUUUUAGAGAAGAUGGUUGAAGGACAGGCACGGCAAAUCAAGCAACUUGAGACUGAGAAAGCUGCCUUGGUUAAAGAUUUAUUUUUGAUGAAAGGGAAAAUGAACAUCGUCGAAAAACCAGUUGAUCAAAUUGUUCCAUUUUGAUUUGAACGCUUGUUUGGACACGAAAAAAUACAGAACAGCUGAUUUUCGAUGACUGUAAAUAGACAAUGAAUUGCCGUCUCAUAUUUCGAAAUGUAAACUGCCAACUUUGUUUUUUUGAAUUUACGGCACGCGACCACACGAGCGGACGCGUGCCUGUUAUUAUUAGCAAAUUUGAAUUUGUAUUGAAUUGAAUAUUAAUCCAUACCAUACCAUCAA